AUGUCAGAUUCAUCAGACUCAACAGUAUACCUUCUUAACAAAGCCAGUGGAUAUGGUAUUUUGAUAGGAUUCGGGGCAUUUUUUGCCAUAAUGAUUGUGAUAUCUACAAAGCUUAUGUAUAGAUAUCUACAUGAAAAUUCCAACUCUACCGAAAUGUUUAUGGUAGCGAACAGAUCAAUUGGCCUUGGUUUAACUGCCCUGGCUAUAUACAGUUCUUGGACGUGGCCAACGGAAUUAUUAUGGGUCUGCACAAUGGUAUAUAAUUACGGAAUUAUGGCAUCCUUUUGGUAUGGAGCUGGAUUAUCUGUUCAAAUAUGUUUGAUGUCAGUCUUAGGAAUCGAAGCCAAGAAGAAAAUCCCCAGUUGCCAUACUUCACUUGAAAUUGUCAAUUUAAGAUACGGAAAAGCUGUUCAUUUGCUUUACAUGUUCUUGUGCUUGGUAACUAAUCUUAUGAGCUGUUCUUCAAUGAUUGUUGGAGCUUCUGGGGCCGUUUCAAUCAUCGCAGGCAACUUGCACAUUGUGGCAAGUACAAUGCUAAUUCCAUUUGGUGUGCUCUUAUAUACCACUGUUGGGGGUUUAAAAGCCACAUUCUUGACAGACUUUGUUCAUUCUUUGAUUGUGCUCAUCAUUCUAUGCUAUAUCAAUACUUCAGUUCUUACUUCUGAUGCGAUUGGGGGAUUAGAUGGUUUGUACAAACUUAUUGUUGAGUAUGAUGGUGAAAAAUACAUAGAAGGCAACUAUAAAGGGUCAAUUUUAACUGGAAAAAGUCAAGGGUCAAUAAUAUUUGGAAUUAUUCUCACAAUAGGAAACUUUGGCUUAACUGUUAUGGAUAGCUCGUUCUGGCAAAAGAGUUUUAGUGCUAAUAUCAGAGCAUCUGUUCCAGGAUAUUUGUUGGCAGCAGGAACAAUUUUCUCAAACGUAUGGCCAAUUGGUGCAAUUGCCGGUAUGGCUGCUAUAGUGUUGGAAAAAACAGAAACAUUCCCUACAUACCCACGUCAAAUGACACAAUUCGAAAUCGAUAGUGGGUUUGUGUUACCGUAUGUAUUGAAAGGUGUGAUUGGAAAAGGCGGUUUGGGAGCAUUAUUACUUGUGAUCUACUUGGCAGUUACAUCUACUGUGUCAGCACAGUUGAUUUCAGUGUCAAGUAUUGUGUCUUUUGAUAUUUACAAGACAUACAUUAACAAGGAAGCUACAAAUCGUCAAAUUUUAAGAGUGUCUCACUUUGGAGUUGUCUUUUUUGGGUUGUUUGCUGCCGGAUUUUCGGUAAUGCUUCAUUAUGUUAACGUCAAUAUGACUUGGUUGGGCUAUGUUUACACAAUGAUAAUUGGUCCUGGUGUUAUUCCUUUGGUUCUUACCAUAACUUGGAGUAGACAAACUAAGCUUGCAGCGUUUGUUUCUCCAAUCACAGGUUUGGUAUUUGGAUUUACUGUGUGGGGAUGCGUAACUAAGAAGAUGUAUAAGGAAGUCAAUGUGACUACCUUGGGAAAUCAACUCCCAUGUCUUUAUGGAGGUCUUACAGCUCUUUUCCUUCCCGCCAUAGUCAGUGUUGUUUUGAGUUUGACUAUUAAGCCGUACACUUUCAAUUGGGAAUUAUUGAGAAAAGCCCAUAUAAUUAUUGAUGAAGGUGAAGACACUACCAUAGAUACCAAUGGAGAUGUCACUGUGAUUCCUUCAAAAGAGAAGGAGGUAGGAGCUGUUGAAAUUAAACUGGAUGACCCUAGUUCUUCUGAACUGGUAGACGUUGAUCAGCACAAUGAUAGAGUCAUUGCGAAAUACACGAAGCUAGCAUAUGCUAGUUUUGUAUUCGUGCUUCUCAUCACAUGGGUGAUUUGGCCAUUACCAUUAUACAGAGACUGGAUUUGGAGUGAAGCAUAUUUUAAAGGAUAUGUUACGGUUGGGCUUGUUUGGGUAUACUUGGCUUUACUAGUGAUAGGACUUUUUCCUAUUUACGAUGGCCGCCAUGUUUUGAAAAUAGUGUUAAACGGAGUGUAUAGAGAUUUUUUCCAACGUGGACAAAAAGCCAACUAG